AUGACUAGUAGUGACGCUAAUAGUAGAAAACAACGCAUAAAAUGGGGUGAAGGUGCUACACUCGCCUUAUUAGAUUUUUUACGUGAAAACAAAGAUGAGCUAAGUCAGUUGAAAAGUACACGGGGUGGAUCUAAGCCGGACGCGGACUUGUGGAAUAGAGCUUCAGAUUAUCUUUGCAACUUGAAUCAUAAUGUUAACAAUAUUCAAGCUUUUACUAAAUGGAAGAAUCUUCUUGACAAUUACAAGAUUGAAGAUAUUAUUAGUAAACAAGGAUCAUCAAUGUCUUUAGCGUCAAAUUCAAUUCUUGUUGGUAAUUUUGGAUGGACAACUAGCAAUAUUGUUUUUGAAUGGAAUUUAAAUGAUCAAGCCUAUAUAAUUGACCAUAUUCUACUAAAAAUAUCAAAGACAUGGUAUUCACCGUUUAUAGAUUAUCUAUGUAAAGUGGAUAGGUGGCAAAGAAAUUCUUGGAUGAUUAUUUCAACGACCAUUGCCAGUGCUAGUAGUAACUAUUAUGGUGGCGGUUUUGAUGGAAAUGGUGGGAUUUUUUUAAAUGUUAUAGAGAAUUGUCUGGUUGGAUUCAAAUAUUUAUACGACUUCCAUUGGAACUUGAUGGAUGAUGAUUUGUUGGGAUUGUAUAAUGAGAAAGGAGAAGAUGACGAAGUGGAAAUGAAUAUGGAUGAGGGUGAGGAUAAUAACGAAGAAGAAGAAGAUUUGACAGAAUAUUAUAAUGGAUUAGUUGAAGAUUAUAAAGCUUAUGCAAUUAAAAAACAUGGAAAUAAAUUGUUGACGUCUGUUAAAAAUUGGUAUGAAAAUAAAAUUUCUCAAUUAUCAUUUAAAGAUUCGAUAAAAAUGUCGUCAUCAUCAUCAUAUCCGUACAUCCGUAAAUAUGCGCCGGCGACCACAACAGCAUGGACACAAAAGCAAACAGAAUUACAAGCAGGCUAUUAA